UUCCUGCCUACUUGCACUUGGAACGGUAACUAAAAAGACGCAAACUGUGUUGUCAUAGGAGACUUCAAACAGUCUCAGUCAGCACCAUGGCCCUGGGAAGAAGGCUGCAGUGGGUUCUUGUCUUCAUUGUUUGCAAAGAGGUGUGCGGUGUAAAGAUUCAGAACAAGCUGCUGGGAUCGUGUCUGCAGGUGCAGGAUGGAUCUGCAGAAGGCAGAGUUUCCCUCGGGAACUGCAGUCCAUAUUCUGCCUUGCAGGAAUGGAGUUGGCACGCUGAGAGCCAGGCAGUCAGCAAUUACCAUACAGGACUUUGUCUAACUGCACCUGAAGAGCAGCAUGAAGGUGUGUACUUGCAGGCCUGCAUUUUUAAAGCUGGAAAUGAAGAUGCUGUCAGUGGAAUGGCAGCAAUGGAAAUGGGCACAGGAGAUGGACUCCAGGCUUGGUCCUGCUCCAAGAAAGGCCACCUGACUUUGUCAGGGACGAGUCUGCGCCUCAGUGCCACACAGGAAUCCACUUUAGUCUUCCUUUCAAAGGAUCACAAGCAAGGCAGCAGGUGGUGGACACUUGACAACCAGACUUUGUGCAGUGACAGAGAUGGCAAACAUCCUCAACACCAGGAUCAACCUCGCCACCUUGUGGAGGAACUGUUGCAGCCUGCUAUUCUUCCACCUGUCAUCUCUGAGAUGCACAGUCUGGCUCAGCCAUUUGAAAUUAAAACAGGUGUCAAUGUCUCUCCUGGAUUUACGAGCACCAAAUCCCCUGCAGAUCCCACAAUGGUUUUCCUCAGUAUGGAUUAUGGGAUGGGCUGGAAGGUAACUAUGUUGGUUUUAAGCUCUCUGGCUCUGGUCCUGGGGACUGUCAUCCUGAUCUUUAAUGUUUACUCACAUAGAAAGGAGAAAGUGGUUUGUGUGCUGAAUUCGUACAUGCCAAGGCAAGAUGAGAGUGUUCCCGGGUCUCCGGUUCCCAGUGAAAGAGCCCCUCUGACAGAGCAUGCCAUGCGCCUCCCACAGUCCUCGCCCUUUUUACAACGAGGAGAAAUCCUCAUUCAAUGGAAGGAUGGCUCUGUUACUCCGCUGUAUUCAGCGUGAGGGCCAUGCUGCUGUAUACAGAACACUGAAGAAAGAAGAAGCGGAAUCUGUGGUUGUUUCCUUGGACGAUGUCUACUGGUUGCUGGUGUGACAUACUUCUGCAGUGUCCCACUCUGGGUACAAACUCACGAUCUUCAGGACAGGAGACAGGCACUAGCAUGUUUCUCUAAAGCGUCUUUGGACACUGGGGAGUGAGGUUUACUAACUUCUUCUGUGCAGCACCUCCUGCUGGCCUUCUCUUCCACUAGUGCAGGCGAACAAGUUACUUCAAAGGCAAAAGAACAUGAAUCUCAGACAGAAAUGAAGCCAAAAUGUAAAGGGAAACAAAAUCAUGACUGGUUACAUUAUAACACAAUCUUAAAGCUCACCACUAGAUGGCGCUAAAUCCUACACACUGUAGCUUUUCUUUUUUGUUGUUGCAAAAACUGUUGUAACACCUGCAUUAACAUGUGUAUUAAACUCAUUUGACUUAAGAUGUAUGUGGAGAAAUGUUUGUUUUUAUUUUGAAUAUACAUAAUAUUAACUGACCUUA